UUUGGGGAGUUUUAGAGGCAUCGAUUCUUGCUUCUGAGGCAUUUUGACUUUUAAUACAUAACACACUACACUGACCAAAGUCCAAAGGAAAGGAAAGGAAAGGAAAGGAAAGAAAAGAAAGGAAAAGAGAGGAAAAGAUUCCUCAACGAGGGAGGCAAACAAAAGAAAGCAAUUCUCUUUCCUUCAUUGCUUUUGCUUUACAAAGGUCAGCAACCCACCCGAGCAAGCCUCCUUGGUCAGGCUUCAAUUCCCUCCUCCCUCUGACAUGGAAAUGCCGUUCUUUUUUCUUUUACUCCACUGGGGUUACGUGUGCGUGUUUUCACUUUCUUUUAUGAUUAAAGUGCAAAAACAGCAAACAAAAUCCUUGAGCUUUGUUUAGUUCACGGCCGGCCCAACCCAGAAUCCAAUGCACCCUCCCUUUUCUUUUCUGUUACCCCAUACUAGUCCUGUCUUGUAGUCUCCUAGUAUAGCUGUAGAGCUAGAGUCAACUUGGUAGAUUUUGUUUCGUUUGCUUUAUCUCUCUCUCUCUCUCUCUCUCUCUCUCCACUCGUGUGCGUGAGUGUGAGGCUUCACUUUCGCUUUUGUUUUUGAAGUAUAAAUCUUGGCUUUGCUCUGCUCGCCCUUUGUGUCUAUGGUGUCAACGCUUACAAAAAGAGCAACCCCCAGGAAGUUUCGAACCUCUCUUCCUCUUCUCUAAACCCUUUUACUUUCUUCUCUCUGCUGUUGCUUUCUCUUUUGUUUUGCUUUGGGCUGUUUCAACUUGUCCCUCUUUAAAACCCCAGAGCCCCACUAAGCUUCACUUAACGCUCUUGGCCCCUUCAGCUUCCUACGAUCAGCCCCAGUUAAUUUUCUGAAAUAAUCUGCCAAUGGAGAAUGCUAAUGGCUGCAUUUCAAGGCCAUCUAGAAAGAGAAAGUUGCCUCAAGAAGGCGAUGAAAUGUUGAACUUUUCCUUGGAUGAGCUCACUGAAGAUCUCCUAGAAAGGGUCCUUUCAUGGUUACCAGCCUCCACCUUCUUUCGCCUCAGUUCAGUGUGCAAGAGAUGGAAAUCAAUUGCUGCUUCUGAAAGUUUUAAGCUAGCUUGCUCUUGGAUUCCUUCACGGGAUCCAUGGUUUUUCAUGGUGGAUCCCAAUCUUAAUCAAUCAGUUGUCUUCGACUCUGCUGAAAAAAGUUGGAAAAAACUUAAUCAUCCGCCUCUUCUCUUGCAUAACCGUAACCGUGACUCCAUUCCAGUUGCAGCAUCUGGUGGGCUUGUCUGUUUCCGCAAUAUGUCUGGCAAUUAUAUUGUAUGCAAUCCCGUGACAGGAUCUUGUCGCCAACUCCCUCCAGUGGGUCCAGACUCUCAAGAUCUAUCUCUUCAUGCUAUUGCAAUGAAUGUAUAUACCAACUACCAUGGCUUGUACAAGCUUGUCUUAAUCUCUGGUGAUCUUCCAAAGCUUUCAUUCAAAGUUUAUAACUCAAGUGCUGAUUGCUGGGAAGAUGAGAUUAUAUUGAGGAGAAAAGCUGAUGAUUGUAUGGAAUUUGACUCAGAUGAUGAUGAUGAUGAUGAUGAUGCCGUGUACUUCCUUAGUAAAGCUGGAAAUUUAGUGGUAACUAACAUGCAGAGAAGCCCAUCCAAGCAGUAUUCAUCAGUUAUGACUCUUAAAGAUGAUGAGGAGGUUGUUUAUUUCCUCAGCUCAUCAGGGACAGUUAUGGCUUGCAAUCUGACCCACAAGUAUUACUCUGAAUAUCCCAGGCUGUUGCCUGUCUUUUCUGAGUACUCCAUUGAUGUGGUUGAGUGUAAAGGAGAGAUGUUGGUUGUUGUGUUAUCAGAAUUUUUUGAAAGUGCUAGUCUUAGGGUGUGGAGGUGUGAUGAGAAAACGAAGACUUGGAAUCAGAUUGCAGCAAUGCCUCCUGCGUUGUCACACGAGUUUUAUGGCAAGAAGGUAGACAUAAACUGUGUUGGGGCUGGUGAUCAGAUACUUAUCUGCUUAAGCUCUGCUGAGCUUUGCAGUUAUGUUCUCUGUGAUUUUGUGACUAACGAAUGGGUUGAACUACCCAAAUGUUCCAUGAAUGGUGUAGCGUUGGAAUUCAUGUCUGCCUUUUCAUUCGAGCCAAGGAUUGAGGCCACUGUAUGAAAACAUGGUGUGGAGUGAGCUAUGUUUUGAAGGAUUUCAGAAUGCCGUCUGUGAUUCGUCUUUUUUUUUUUUUUUUUUUCCCUUUUAAGUAU